AUGGGGACCCUGCUGGUGGCCGAGGGGCGGCUGCGGCUGCGUUUCGCCAUCGCCUGCGCCGAGCCCGCCACGCUGGAGCCGCCGGCGCCGGUCAGCGACGGCCGCUGGCACGCGGUGCUGCUGACGCGGCAGGCGCGGCACGCGGCGCUGGCCGUGGACGGGGAGGCGCGGGCGGCCGCCGUGCGCUCCAAGCGCCCCGACAUGGCCGUGGCCAGCGACCUGUUCGUCGGGGGGAUCCCGCCCGACGUGCGGCUCUCGGCGCUGACGCUCAGCACCGUCAAGUACGAGCCGCCCUUCCGCGGGUGGGUGGCCGACCUGCGGGUGGGCGACGCGCCGGCCGCGCUGCUGGGCGCCCAGGGGGUCCGGGGUGACGGGGACGAGCGCUGCGCCCACCACCCGCCCUGCGCCCACGGCGGCCGCUGCACCCUGCGCCGUGGGGAGCCCCGCUGCGACUGCGCCGGCACCGGCCACCGCGGGCCCUUCUGCGAGGAAGAGGAAGAACCCGCGGUGGAAGGUCCCGCCCACCUGCGAGUCACCGGCCAAGGGCCCGCCGAGGUCGCCGAGGGGGGGCCCGGCCGCGGCGCCGGCGAGAUCCAGCAAGCGGCCAAAGGCCGCGCCGAGUACGUGGCCACGUUCCGGGGCAGCGAGUUCUUCUGCUACGACGUGUCGCGGUCGCCGGUGCAGAGCAGCGCGGACGAGCUGGCGCUGGCGUUCCGCACGCGGCAGCGCCACGGGCUCCUGCUGCACACCGGCCGCGCCGCCGACUUCCUGAACCUGUCGCUCAAGGCCGGCGCCGUGUGGCUCGUCAUCAACCUGGGCGCCGGCGCCUUCGAGGCGCUGGUGGAGCCCGUCAACGGCAAGUUCCACGACGGCGGCUGGCACCACGUGCGCGUCACGCGCAACCUGCGGCAGCACGCAGGGAUCGGACACGCUAUGGUGACCAUCUCGGUGGACGGCAUCCUGACCACCACGGGCUACACGCAGGAGGACUUCACCAUGCUGGGCUCCGACGACUUCUUCUACGUGGGGGGGUCCCCCAACACCGCCGACCUGCCGGGGUCCCCCGUCAGCAACAACUUCAUGGGCUGCCUCAAGGACGUGGUUUACAAGAACAACGACUUCAAGCUGGAGCUGUCGCGGCUGGCGCAGGAGGGGGACGCGCGGGUGACGCUGCACGGGGCGCUGCUCUUCCACUGCGACCCCCCCCCGGCGCUGGACCCCGUCACCUUCGCCACCCCCCAGGCCCACCUGGCGCUGCCCACCUGGCGCCCGGCCCGCGCCGGCUCCGUCUCCUUCGACUUCCGCACCACGGAGCCCAACGGGGGUCCUGCUCUUCGGGCAGGGCCCCCCCGCGACCCCCCGGCCGCCGCCCCCCGCGGGCCCCCCCCGCCGCCCCCCGAUUUCCUGGCGCUGGAGCUGCUGGACGGGCACCUGUACCUGCUGCUGGGCAUGGGCGCGGCCGGGCUGCGGCUCCGCGCCAGCGCCCGCAAGGUCACCGACGGCGAGUGGUGCCACGUGGACGUGCAGCGCGACGGGCGCAAAGGCUCGGUGUCGGUGAACAGCCGCAGCACGCCGUUCCUGGCCAGCGGGGACCGGGACGUGCUGGACGUGGGGGCCGAGCUGUACCUGGGGGGGCUCCCCGAGGGCCGGCCCGGCCCCCCCGCGCCCCCCGAGCUCUGGGCAGCGGGGCUGCGCCUCGGCUUCGUGGGCUGCGUGCGGGACCUGUUCGUGGACGGGCGGAGCCGCGACGUGCGGGCGCUCCUGGCCACCGGGGGGGCCCCGGGGGUCGCCCCGCUCUGUGCCAGGGACCCCCCCCGGCUGUGCGCCAGCGGUCCCUGCCGGAACGGGGGGACGUGUCGCGAGGGCUGGAACCGCUUCGUGUGCGACUGUCGCGGCACCGGCUACCUGGGGCCGCGCUGCGAGACAGAGGCGGCGGUGCUGAGCUAUGACGGCAGCAUGUACCUGAAGGUGCAGGUGCCGGGCGAGCAGACGGAGGCCGAGGACGUGUCCCUGCGCUUCAUGUCCCCCCGCGCCUUCGGCCUCGUCCUGGCCACCACCUCGCGCCACUCGGCCGACACCCUGCGCCUCGAGCUGGACGGGGGGCGCAUGAAGCUCACCCUCAACCUGGACUGUGUCCGCGUGGGCUGUCACCCCAGCAAGGGCCCUGAGACGCUGUUCGCGGGGCAGCGGCUGGAUGACAACGAGUGGCACUCGGUGCGGGUGGCCCGGCGCGGGCGCAGCCUCCAGCUCGCCGUCGACAACGUCACCGUCGAAGGACAGCUGUCGGGCUCGCACACCCGCCUGGAGUUCCACAACAUCGAGACCGGCAUCGUCACCGAGCGCCGCUUCCUGGCCGUGGUCCCGUCCAACUUCCUGGGCCACCUGAGCGGGCUGGUCUUCAACGGGCUGCCCUACCUGGACCUGUGCCGCGACGGCGACAUCAGCUCCUGCGAGCUCAACGCCCGCUUCGGCCGCCGCGCCAUCGUGGCCGACCCGGUGGCCUUCGGGGGCCGCGGCUCCUACGUGGCGCUGGCCACGCUCCAGGCCUUCGCCUCCUUCCACCUCUUCUUCCAGUUCAAGACCACGGCGCCCGACGGCCUCAUCCUCUUCAACGGCGGCAGCGGCUCCGACUUCCUGGUCGUCGAGCUGGUCAAGGGGUACAUCCACUACGUGUUCGACCUGGGCGAGGGCCCCUCGCUCAUGAAGGGCAACUCGGAGCAGCCGCUGCACGACGGGCGCUGGCACGAGGUGGCCGUGGCACGGGAGGGGGGGGCCCUGCACGGGCUGCGCGUGGACGGGAGACCCGUGACCCAGCACGGGCAGGGCGCCCGCGGGCUGCAGCUCAAGGGUGAGCUGUACGUCGGGGGGGUCAGCCCGGGGCUCCUGGGCCGCCUCCCGCGGCUCGUGGCCUCCCGGGGGGGCUUCCGGGGCUGUUUGGCCUCGCUGGACCUGAACGGGCGCCUGCCCGACCUGCUGGGGGACGCCCUGAGACGCGUGGGGGACGUGCGGAGGGGCUGCGACGGCCCCAGCACGACGUGCGCCGAGGACUCGUGUGCCCACGGGGGCGUUUGCCUGCAGCAGUGGGACGGCUUCACCUGCGACUGCAGCAUGACGGCCUUCGGGGGGGCCGGCUGCGCCGAGCGGGACAAGUGUCCCUCGCUGAGGUGGCUCCGUCACUUCCUUUGUGCCCCCAUGGCCCUAAGGAGGGCAGGUGGCAGCGGGGGUGUCACCCGUGUCACCCGUGCCACCCGUGUCACCUGUGCCAGCCUUGUCACCUGUGUCACUUGUGCCACCCGUGUCACCUGUGCCUGGCACGAGGGUUCCGUGUCCCCCCAGGGCUCCCACACGAGGGACACGAGGGACACGAGGGACACGAGGGACACGUGUCCCUGGCCCGGGGUGGCUCUGUCCCCUGCCCGAGGGUCCCGUGUCCCCACGGCCCCUAACGAGGGGCAGGUGGCAGCACGUGGGACACCCGUGUCCCUCACAUGCCUCUCGACCACCCACCACGUGCACCACUUCCACGGGCGGCACGGCACGGCGCCCAUCGCCAUCAACCGCGCGCCCUUCCUCACCCGCGGGCACCACGCCUUCAUCAUCACCCACACCAUCCUCAUCCUCCUCGCCUUUAGCCUCAUCCCACUCAUCAUCACCUUCCUCAUCCUCAUCCUCCUCAUCACCAUCACCUGCACACCCUUCCUCACCAAUGGCUGCUCGCGGGUCUCAGAGCCCCCCCCCCGCGUUCCUCGGGGUCCCCCCACGGAUGCCGUGGACCCCCCCAAGUUCAGGGGUCCCCAUGAACGCUGGGGUUCCCCCACCCCCACAUUCCGGGUCACCCCCAAACUCGGGGGGUCCCUCCUGGACCCCCCCCACGUGCCCAAGUUCCUUGCACUCAGGGUCCCCCCUGAAACCCUGAGACCCCCAAAUUCACCUACACGUGGCCCCCCAAUGACCGGGCCCAGCACCCGCGCUGACCGCCUGGCCCUGGGCUUCAGCACCCGGCAGCGCGACGCCGUGCUGCUGCGAGUGGAGAGCGCGGCCGGGCUCGGGAGACUUCCUGCAGCUCCACAUUGUGCAGGGGGCCGUGGGGUCCUGUUCAACGUGGGCACCGAGGACAUCGCGCUGGAGGAGCGGGGGGCGGCCGUCAGCGAUGGGCGCUUCCACGUCGUCCGCUUCACGCGCAGCGGCGGCAACGCCACGCUCCAGGUGGACGGCGGCCCCCUGCACGAGCGCUACCCGCCAGGCAGCGGGGACAGCGAGCGGCUGGCGCUGGCGCGGCAGCGCAUCCUCCGCCUGGGGCGGGUGGUCGAUGAGUGGCUGCUCGACAAAGGCCGGCAGCUGACCAUCUUCAACAGCCAGGCGCGCGUGCGGGUGGGGGGCCGGGACCGCGGCCCCUUCCAGGGGCAGCUCUCGGGGCUCUACUACAACGGGCUGAAGCUGCUGGCGCUGGCGGCCGAGGGACACCCCCGCGUGCGGCUCGAGGGGGACCUGCGGCUCGUGGGGGACCCCCCCCCGCCCCCCGCGCCCCCCGGCGCUACCCCCGCGCCCCCCGACAUGGCCACCACCAUCAUGGAGACCACCACCACCAUGGCCACGACCACCACCCGCCGCGGGCCUGGAGCCACCACGGGGCACUGA